UGGAUCAAUUGGUUAACGAUUUGGUUCGUAACAAUUGGUAUCAGAGCGGUCUUGAUCCACUUCUAUGGACGCUCAAGAAUGGAACAAGUCUUUGGAUCGAAUCGAGUUGUUGAUUGUUGAGUUAAUUGAUUUUCUCAAGAACCGACCUCGGUUCCUAGCCCCUGCCGCCACCACAACACCGCCACCAGCCAUUGCCGCCACACCACCACCAACAACAGCCAUCAAAGCACCAUCACCAACCAGUGCACGACCACCAGUAGCCACCCCAAAACCCGCAAAACCACCACAAACCAAGUCCAAUUCAAGGCACGCAGAUCGGUUUACGAAAUUUAUCAGUCCCUUCGUCUGCUCACAUGGAUGUAUUCCUGGUACCCAAGCUCCAUCACAUAUGGUGGUUUCUAAUCUUUAUGCUCCGCAUGGUUUGUUCGGGCAUGUUGGUUUGAGUUUUAUGGAAGACCCACCGGAAACUGAAUGGCGCCCGCCAUGGCGCUCACUUAGACGUAUCCAAAUGACACCGGGGAAAACCGAGUGGCGACCUCCGUGGUGCCUCGCCAAGUCUCUUCCGAUCAUCCUUGAGGACAAGGAUACUUCAACGGGGGUGGAAUGAUAUGUACUUGCCAACACAGUCCACGUUAUCAUGCAAAUUAUUUAAUAGUUAUUUAUUGUUAUUUGGUCAAUGUAGGUGUAGUAGUUUUCUGCAUUAUUUUAGGAAGUAAUGGAGCACUAGAAUAGUGGGUAGUUUGUUUCAUUCUCUUAUUUAUUGUGAGUUACAGAAUUGUUAUUGACAUGAA